GAUCAACUUUAGACAUCCUCGAAACUUCUAGCAAUUCUGCCUUGAUUUCUGCUCUGAAUACACCAGAGAGACUGACUGAAAAACUCUGUGACAAAGACGCUGAGUUGGCCAAGAUCUCUUGCUUGAGCUCUAGUGAUAACGAAAAACUUUAUGAUGGCUUCCUCAAAUAUCGGCUAGCCAGUGCGUUUAAUGAAUUGUUGUUCACGAAGGCGUUAUCACUCAUCGGGAUGGAGGAGUUACGCAAAACCCUCAACUUACCACCGCCUCCUCCUUGGACGUCCUACAACUAUACUAAACCGAGUGAGGAAGAACUCGCAUCGGCCCCGACUCUUGAGGCUUAUUUUAAUCUCAGGGUGCCCAAACCAAAAAUAUUCAGCCUGGAUAGCUUCUAUUACUAUGAGCACAAUUUCCUCAAGGUUAUUCCCUUUCUCGACGAACAUGCACCCGUGAUUCGAGCGGUUAUCAGGUGUAAAUUCGAAAUGAUGCGAUCGCUUGAUGACAAAGGACUGACAGAAAGACAGAGAAUCGAUCGCAUGAUUGCUGAACUUAGCACAAUUCAAGAUAAAUUAAAACCUGCGAUCGAACGAAUGUUUGGUAUGGAUUGCUAUGAAGAAAACGAAAGUCAAACCUAA